CUGGCGCACGCCGCGGUCCCGGCAUGGCGGAGCCGGAGGCCUCGCAGCCCGGCCGGACCCCGCCGCCCCCCCCGGCCGCUCCCGGCUCCGGGCCGGGCCCCGCGGGGGGCUCCAGUGACCCGGCCCGGCCCGGCCUGAGCCAGCAGCAGCGCGCGAGCCAGCGCAAGGCCCAGGUGCGGGGCUUCCCGCGCGCCAGGAAGCUGGAGAAGCUGGGGGUGUUCUCGGCCUGCAAGGCCAACGAUGCCUGCAAGUGCAACGGCUGGAAGAACCCCAACCCGCCCACUGCCCCCCGCAUGGACCUGCAGCAGCCUGUGACCAACCUGAGCGAGCUGUGCCGGAGCUGCGGACACGCCCUGGCUGACCACGUGUCCCACCUGGAGAACGUCUCGGAAGAGGAGAUCAACCGGCUGCUGGGGAUGGUGGUGGACGUGGAAAAUCUCUUUAUGUCGGUCCACAAAGAGGAGGACACGGACACCAAGCAAGUGUACUUCUACCUGUUCAAGCUGUUGAGGAAAUGCAUCCUGCAGAUGAGCCGUCCUGUUGUAGAAGGGUCCCUCGGCAGCCCCCCCUUCGAGAAGCCGAACAUCGAGCAGGGAGUCUUCAACUUCGUCCAGUACAAGUUCAGCCACCUGCCCCCCAAGGAGCGGCAGACCAUGUACGAGCUCUCCAAGAUGUUCCUGCUCUGCCUCAACUACUGGAAGCUGGAGACGCCCUCCCAGUUCCGGCAGCGCUCGCAGAACGACGACGUGGCCACCUACAAAGUCAACUACACCCGCUGGCUGUGUUACUGCCACGUGCCCCAGAGCUGCGACAGCCUCCCCCGCUACGAGACUACCCACGUCUUCGGGCGCAGCCUGCUCAAGUCCAUUUUCACCGUCACCCGCCGGCAGCUGCUGGAGAAGUUCCGGGUGGAGAAGGACAAGCUGGUGCCGGAGAAGCGGACGCUCAUCCUCACCCAUUUCCCCAAGUUUCUGUCGAUGCUGGAAGAGGAGAUCUACGGGGAGAACUCGCCCAUCUGGGAAUCUGACUUCACCAUGCCGGCCACGGAAGGCGCCCAGCUGGUCCCGCGCCCAGCAGCCGUCAGCACCGUCGCCGUGCCCAGCACCCCGAUGUUCAGCAAGAAGCUCAGCAGCAGCAGCUCCUUGUCCUCCAUGAGCCUGGAUGCCAGCACGGCCGAGCCCGUGCCAGGCGAGAAGCGGAAGCUGCCCGAGGGCCUGACGCUGGAGGACGCCAAGCGGAUCCGGGUCAUGGGCGACAUCCCCAUGGAGCUGGUCAACGAGGUGAUGCUGACCAUCACGGACCCGGCCGCCAUGCUGGGCCCGGAGACCAGCCUGCUGUCGGCCAACGCGGCGCGGGACGAGACGGCGCGGCUGGAGGAGAGACGCGGCAUCAUCGAGUUCCACGUCAUCGGCAACGCACUCUCGCAGAAAUCCAACAAGCGGAUCCUGAUGUGGCUGGUGGGGCUGCAGAACGUCUUCUCCCACCAGCUGCCCCGCAUGCCCAAGGAGUACAUCACCCGCCUCGUCUUCGACCCCAAACACAAGACCCUGGCUCUGAUCAAGGACGGCCGGGUGAUCGGGGGCAUCUGCUUCCGGAUGUUCCCCACCCAGGGCUUCACGGAGAUCGUCUUCUGCGCUGUCACCUCCAACGAGCAAGUGAAGGGGUACGGGACGCACCUGAUGAACCACCUCAAGGAGUAUCACAUCAAGCACAACAUCCUCUACUUCCUGACCUACGCCGACGAGUACGCCAUCGGCUACUUCAAGAAGCAGGGCUUCUCCAAGGACAUCAAAGUGCCCAAGGGCCGCUACCUGGGCUACAUCAAGGAGUACGAAGGGGCGACGCUGAUGGAGUGUGAGCUCAACCCCCGCAUCCCCUACACCGAGCUCUCGCACAUCAUCAAGAAGCAGAAGGAGAUCAUCAAGAAGCUGAUCGAGAGGAAGCAGGCGCAGAUCCGCAAGGUCUACCCGGGCCUGACCUGCUUCAAGGAGGGCGUGCGGCAGAUCCCGGUCGAGAGCAUCCCUGGAAUCCGAGACACGGGAUGGCGGCCGCUGGGGAAGGAGAAAGGGAAGGAGCUCAAGGACCCAGACCAGCUGUACAACACUCUGAAAAACCUCCUGGCCCAGAUCAAGACGCACCCCAGCGCCUGGCCCUUCAUGGAGCCCGUGAAGAAGUUGGAGGCCCCCGAUUACUACGAGAUCAUUCGCUUCCCCAUUGACCUGAAGACCAUGACCGAGCGCCUGAAGAAUCGCUACUACGUCACCAAGAAGCUCUUCAUCGCCGACCUGCAGCGCAUCAUCACCAACUGCCGGGAGUACAACCCCCCCGACAGCGACUACUGCAAGUGCGCCAACACCCUGGAGAAGUUCUUCUACUUCAAGCUCAAGGAGGCCGGGCUCAUAGACAAGUAGGGGCUCGGGGGGGGCCUGGCCUCACGCUCCCCUUGGGCCCGCAGCCCCCGGCCGAGGCAGCGCUUCCUGCCGAACUCUCCCAGGAGGGGCUGGGGGGCUUCUCUGAGCCCGGCUCAGCUGCUGACGGGUGGAGCAGGCCAAGGAGCACGUGGCCAGAGUGUGGGGCCAGCUCCCCUCCCGCUGCUGGGGGAGGCCUCUGGGACUCGCUGGCCUCUCCCCUGGGCGCCACCAGGAGAGGAGCGGCCCAGGGCCCCUCUGCACCAGUCGACACUCUGCCCGUGGGUGUCUCCGCACACUCGGCGCCUCGCCCUGGAGGCAGGAGCCCGGCCCACAUGGCACCAGCGCCACAGGGUUCAGCUGGGGCAUGGACCUGCUGGGCUGGAAAUUCCGGCAGGGCAGCCCAGGCUCCAGUGCUGAGCCGCCCCACCCUGGGCGAGCUGCACCGCGUCUCUCUGGCUUGGGGCUGUUCGCGGGCUUGGGCCAAGGCUGCCCCACCCCCUGGCCUGCGCGCACAGCACGGCUCUGCGUUGUGGGGCUGAGGCCCAGCCCCCGCUCCCCCCACAGCCCAGCUGCCUGCUCCAGCCCCUGCCUCCUGCUGCAGCCUGGUGUGUUCCCUUGGGCUCCUCGUCCUGCUCACCCCCUUGCUCCACAUGGAGCAUCCGGCCCUGCCGCUCACGGCGUGAAUGUAGAAGGGGGGGGGCGGCGUUCUCCUCCCUUGCCAGCCGGGAGGCUGCCCCCCUCUGGCCUUGCCUGGGUUCCGGGGCUCGGCUCCAGGCUCUGCUAGGUGGAGGUGAUCUGAGGGGUCUGUAUCAGCUCUCAGCCAUUCCUCCCCCCGCAGCUCGGCCUGAGGCCCGUCCUCUGUCCUCUCCUGCCCCGGCACGGCCGGGUCCCCUCGGGCUGGGCCCUGGGCUGUCAGCCCUGUGCUGAGCCAUGGGGCUAGUGUCACUCCUGCUGGGGCCCCCCCAUCCCCCCUGCUCUGUGCUCCUCCUGGCUCCAGCGCACUGAGCGCUGCAAUCCUGAGGGGGGGGGUGGGGAAUGCUGCGCCAUGGGGCGGUGCAGGGCCGGGGCCAGGGCCUUUCAAAGGGGGGUGGGGAAUUGGGUCCCAGGCUGGGGCCGCGUGCUGUGCCGGGGUGAACAGCAGUUAGUGGGGUGAGUGGCUAAACCAGGCCCCCCCCCUACUCCUUCCUAGGGGGCCUGAAGGGAGCCCCCUGGGCACGGGGAUUAUGGGCCAUGGGGCUGCUUCUCCCAGCCGGGUUACUGACCUGUCCUACGGCCCCUCCUGCCUCCCCUCCGUGGCAGGGGCCCCUGAGGCCUGGCAGAGCCACAGGCCCCCGUGACGUAGAGCUGCUGCCCUCUGGCACCGGGCCCCUGCAGCUCCUGGCCGAGACGCAGGCAGUGACGUUUUCUCCCCGCACUGGAGCAGAAGGAAGAGCAGCCAGGCCGCAGAAGCAUUUUGCUGUCACGUUCCACCCACCCUGCCCCCCGACUGGUCACUGUUGCCUUAUUCCCCCUGCACUGGCCUGUCCCUCGGGCGCAGCCAUGGGGCUGUCCCAGCCUCCCAGUUCAUUUUUUAUUUUCCUUUAUUAUUUUUUUAAAAUAAAUGUACAUGGCCCCCGUGAAGCACCUGUCUGUGUACUGGGGCCCCAGCAGCAAGGCAUUGUGGGUGGGUAGCCCCCCCCCCCCGGUCCCUCCUGAGAUGAGCAUUGGUGCUGCUGUGUGCCAGCCUGUCACCCCUUCCACUGACAGCAGUGCCACCCCCGCUGCGCCAGCCCUGGAGAUGGUCAACAGCCUGCCAGGUGCUCCCUUCUCACACCCCUAGCCAGGGGGCAGCUUCUCCCUCGGCCCUGACUCAGCUGGGAGCCCAGGGCAGGGAGCAAACCCUCCCCCCACGUGCUCCGCGGUGCCCGCUGCCCCGGGCUGAGCCCUGUGUCGCUCAGAGUUAAUCGUGGCGCGGCGCCGCUUGGUGCUAGGACGCAGGCUGGGCGCGUGGGUAACGUGGCUGCGCUCUGGCUGGGGUUAGCAGCUGCUGCGUGGAAGCCAGAGUCCUGGCUAGCUGCUCCUCCACCGCUGCCCUGCUCUGCUCUCCCUGGCACACCUGCCUG